AUGUCGACAAUAUCUACUUGUUCAAAUAAAUUGACAAAUGAACAUAAUGUUGUCAAUACAUCGACAACCAUUGAAAAUUUUAAUAUACAUCACCAUGGUAUUCACAAUAGCCAUCAUCUUCAUCAUCAUCAUCAUCAUCAUCAAGAUAGUACAUUAUAUCCAAUGAAUCAUAUGACUACACCGAAUUCAUCUCCUUUUUCAAAUGAAAACUCAUCAGAACAACAUCGUCCAACUACAGCAUUACCUGCACCGCAUUUAUUAUUACAAUCGAAACCAGAUUAUUCACGAUCGUCCAUGUUAAAUACACAUAGUCAUAAUAAUAAUAAUAAUAUUAGUAGUAGUAGUAGUAGUAGUAGUAGUAAUAUUAAUCGUGUUAACAAUUCAUAUUGUACAUCGAAUAGUUUAAACUAUUCAAUUAAUUCAGAGGCUGUGAAUUUAAAUCAUUGUGAUCAAACUAUGGAAAUGAAACAACCAUUUAUUAAUAUGACAACAACGACUACUACUACUGCAAUUACUAGUACUGCUUCUAGUAUUACAAAUAAUUAUCACAAUGGUACAAGAAAUAAUUACAUGUAUCAACGUAAUAAUUUACUAAAUUCUCAAUAUGAUAAUUUAACCGACUCAAUAGCCUACAAUAAUAAUAAUAACAAUGAUAAUAGUAAUAAUAAUAAUAAUAGUGAAUAUAUGAAUUAUUCCAAUAUGCCAGAAAAUGAAUUUGGACAUUGGAAUACUAGUUCUUUGACUGAUGAUUUAAAAAUCAACUCUAGAUCAGGAUUUCGUGCUCAUAUAAUUGAUGAUACUCAACAAUUAUCAUCAUGUGUAAAUGGAUUUCCAGUGUUAUCACCUACUGGAAAUGCAACAGGUUUUUCAAAUAUGAAUAAUUGUCCAACACCAAGACAUGAAGAUCAUUCAGGACAUCAAACAGGAUCUCAUAUAACUGUAAGUAGUCAUACACAACAUCAUACAUUUCAAUCGGAUGGAUAUCGUAAUAUUAAUGAUAAUAUUUAUGAGAAUGGAACACAUAGUCCAUCUAAUUUAAAUUGUGGACAAACUAUACUUCACUCAAGAAUUAAUUGUGAUGUAAAAAAUGCAUCUCAAGCUCCUAAUCGUUCUUCACGUAGUGCCUCUACACCAACAAGAUUAUUGGUUGUUUCAACAGCAAGCCCUGUGACUAGUACAAUUACAAUGACUCCUGAUUCUUCAACAGUAGGAUUUUCAGGCAAUAAAUUUGGUUGUUCAUCAGAUGAUGGUGAAGCAUCGCCUACACCGACAUGUAGCAGUGGAUGCCCACAAACUCCUGGUAGGACAAGAAAACCUGCACCUACAUUAGCUACUGGACGAAGAAAUUUGAAGGGUGAACUAGUUGAUCCAGAUGAAGCAGAUCGUCGAAUGAAACGACGUGAACGUAAUCGUAAAUCAGCACAAAAAUGUCGUGAACGUAAAGUUCAACGUACACAAGAAUUACAAUCCCAAGUUGAAUGUUUACAAUUAGAAGCGAAUAGAUUAAUGCAAGAAUUAGAUAGUUGGCGUUCACGUGCAAAACAUUGUGUUCUAUUAUUACAACGUCAUUGUCCUGGUGUUGCUGUACCAUAUUUAUCAUGUUUAAAUGAAUUGCCAGUAUGUUUAAAUAAUUUUAAAGAACCUCUAGAUGAUUUAAAUGAUUUAUUAACAACAGAUAAAACAAUGGAUUGUGAAACUCAAUCAUAUGAAUGGAAAACAAAACCAAUUGAUAAACCGUACACAUUAAAUGAAGUAGUCAAUGGUAAUUUCAUUACCAAUGAAUCAUCAUCAUCAUCAAUACUUCCUUCAGUGAAUUUACUACAUUCCCCCCAUCUAAUACCAAAUAGAUCAAAAUCUUUAUUUGGUUUCUCUUCAAAUAAUAAUAAUAAUAAUAAUUCAAUAAAAGAUAAUGAAAAUCAUAUUUUUACACAAAAUUCUCAAUCUACUAAUAAAAUGUCAACAACAACCACACUUAAUCAAGAAGAUCAUGAUAUUACUGAGUCGAUGUUAAUUCCAAUGUCAAGAAGUACUUCACAAAUAUCUAUACGUGGUGGUCCAGCCUCGGGUUCAUCAUCAUCAUCAUGUUCUACUUAUGAAUUAUCAUUUCCUUCAUUAGAUAAUAAUUCGCAUAGUUUAAAUGAAACGAUCACUUAUAAAGAUUAUACACAACCAAAUCUUAUAUCGAUUCUAAACUCAAGAGAUAGAUCACGUGGUAUAAUAAGUGAACAAGAUAUGUUAGAUAAUAAUAAUAAUAAUAAUAAUAAUAAUUCCACGAUAAUCAUGACAAAUAAAUCAAUCCCUGUCGCGAAUACUACUACUGGCAGUAAUAACAAUCACUGUACUAGUAGUAGUAGUACUACUACUACUACUACUAAUAAUAAUAAUAAUCAUAAACAAACAUGGGGUUUGGAAUAUCAUGAAUCCUGUGGAAAUAAAAAUAAUUCAAUGGAUUGUUCUAGUCCUUUAUCACCUUCAAUAAAUCAAUAUCAACCUUAAUCAAUUUCAAACUAAUUGACAGUAUCAAGUGAAAAUGGAAUCGAAUUGUUAUGAUUCACCAAGUAAUAGUUAGCAGCAACAAUAAUACACAAAUAUUAUCAAAUAAAACAUAAUAAAU